UCAUCUUUACCAUAAAAUGUGUAUUUUCAUGAUGCCAAGAGAAGCAGGUGAGCACCGAACCCACUUUCCAGAUAAAGAGGCACGUUACCAAUGCUGGGACUCACGAGACAAGUUCUGGGCAUGUAUUGAUGCUGGAGGUACAGAUGAAAGUUGCAAGGAACUUAGAAACAGAUACACUGAGCUCUGCCCCUCAACCUGGGUGAAACAUUUCGACAGGAAAUACCAUUAUCUAAGAUUUAAGGAGAAGAUGAAACAAGGGUACGACCCAACAGACACCACAAGUACCAAAAAUGAAGGAUAGUUUUUGGAAAUAUAUCAAAUGGUAUUUAUCACCCAUUGCUGUAUCUAAAGCGUUAAUUGUGAAUAUUAAAAAAUGAAAGUGUGGAUAAUCUUGUUCAAGACUAGGAGUGAUAAUUUGACAUUGAAAAAUGUGAACUUUGAAUAUAUGUAGGUAGAGAAACUUUGUAUGUAUGUAUAUAUAUACCGUAUAUAUAGAUUAAUUUUAUCACAGCUAAAUAAUAAACAUUGAUUAGUUUCCUAUUGUAAAGUUUGUUGUACAAUGUCAAAUAAAGUAAUAUUUGUCCAGUUGUAGAUAUUUGUUCUUUACUUGUCUAAUGAAUUACAGUAAGUAUAGAGGUUCAGUAACAGACUACAGAGACAAAUUGAAAUACAUAUGUAUAUAUUUAUUUAUUUUCACAUAUAGCUUGUUUUGUAAGCACCUCAGGGAGUGGCAUUUACUUCCUCUAUUCCAUUGUAGGAAGAACAUACACAACAUGCACACAGAGUGGCACAAGAUUGCUGUCCUUCCCACUCCUACCAGGUUGGAAGGUCACAAUUCUGCAAUUUACAUCCCAUACCCAUUCACUGUUAGAUGAACAGGGGCUAUAGUGUGAUAGAAAACAAAAUUAUUUUAUCUCCACUUGGCCAGGAAGACUCGGGCCCUUUUAGGUGUGAGCUGACUGUGCUGAUCCUUACACUAUUAACACUGAUGUAAAAGUUGAAAAAAAGUGGAUGAAAGAAUGUUAUAAAGAAUCUGGUGUUGAGAGAUUUGAACUGCACAGGAAUAAGGCAAUACAACUAAUGAAUUAUGACUGAAGUAAUGAGCCAGUGAGGAUAGACACACCAUAUACUGAUUUUCCUAUCUUGGAGAUAUCAGCGUAUAUCUGGAUUUUUUAUUUAUUUAUUCAUUUAUUAUUUUAAUUUUUUUACUUAAUUUGCAAAUCUCCAAUAAUAUGCUUUGAUGGGUAGAAGCACCUGUUCCUUGACAAUGAUGUAACUUGAAACAUGAGGAAGAUGAUUGCAUGUUACCUCUGUUCUGUGUUGAUGGCAUCAUGCUGAGUCUUUAGAAUAUACGGGGCUUCUUGAACUUUACAUAUCAGAAAUGGGAAUUGUUCCAUAUGAUUAUAGCAGUGAGUGAUGGAGUAAGUAUAAGCUGGAGCCAGACAGUCAGUCAGAUCUUAGGUGAGAUGUUGGCCUCAGACUGUAAGCAUGUAACCACAGAGGAAUAAAUUUCACCAAGUUCA